AUGUUGUCUCCAGGUGCUGCUACAUCUCCUCCCACCUCUGCAUCUGCCCCUGUUUCAUCAACGAUGCUCAGUGUUCCAUCAAGCCAGAACACAAACCCUCCACUCUCAAACUUAACCCAGGAGAAGCCAGCACUGUCAGCCUUCAACUCAUGUGACAGUAGUAGUGAGGGCAGUCACAAGCGGCCACGUCCUGCCUGUGACCUGUUCCCUAAAUACCCACCCCUCCCACAGCCACCACCAUCCCUACUCAGCCCUGGUGCCAACCCAACACACCAACAACAAUCCCAUCACCACCCACAGCAUCAAAACAAGAUGCCCUCACCAUUUAGUCCAUGUGAUCCUGACCCCCACCACAACCCUAAAGAUAGCCAUCAUCCAUCAUCAACGCCAUCACCUUCUCCACAAAAACCAAAUAUGAAACUGAGCCAAUCAAGCUCACCACAUUUAGGACCGCUGACCCAAAUGCACCCCCAUCGUGAAUCCCCAAUGUUGCCUAUGAGGUUUCAGUCCCCCGUGGAAACUGUUGCACAUGCUAAUUCUGGUUCUUAUCUCCAUGAGAUGCCUCAAAGCUGGGAAAGCAACUAUUUAUGGGGUAGAAGUUACCCUAUUCCUCCUCUGCUUGGGUCUGGCUGGCCCAAUAUGCCAAGUGCUUACCCAGGAAGCAGCAUGAAACAAAGUAAGCAUAGCACAUGGAACAGUUUUCCAGGGAUGCACACUCCUUCAAAAUCCCUCACAGAUCAUUAUGGAAGCCCUAAAUGA